CCAGCUAGUGCAACUGCUUAUUAAGAGUUGACCUCAGCAACCGCGAGUAAAAGCAAUUUGGUGAAAAUUAAUACAAGCAAAAGCAAGAGAAGAUGAUGUAUGUACAUCACGCCACCUAUUGAUUAUACACAUCACUCUAAUAAUCAAAGUCCAUUUUACGUUGUACUCCCACUGCUCAGAUGCACAGCAUUUACUCUCGAGCCUGCAAAACACACUAUACUGUUGAUAUUCAAUAAUGGCGGAUCAGUCGGAGAUCUCAUUCGCCAGAAUAUUCGUCUGUAGCGCCUUCGCCGCUUGUUUUGCCGAGUUUUGUACCAUUCCCUUGGAUACUGCUAAAGUAAGGCUUCAGCUGCAAAAGAGAGUUCCAUCAGAGGAUUCAGCUAGUGAACCAAAAUACAAGGGCUUGUUGGGUACAGUUGCCAAGAUAGCAAAAGAAGAAGGCAUACUUGCACUUUGGAAAGGAAUCAUACCUGGCUUGCAUCGUCAAUUCCUUUACGGAGGGUUAAGAAUCGGGUUGUAUGACCCUGUCAAGGUGUUCUUGGUUGGAAGUUAUUACUUUGGAGAUGUGUCCCUAGUCAGUAAAAUUUUAGCUGCUCUGCUGACUGGUGCUAUAGCAAUAACGGUGGCUAAUCCAACUGACCUUGUGAAAGUUCGGCUGCAAGCUGAGGGUAAGCUACCAGUUGGAGUACCAAGGCGUUAUAGUGGUGCUUUGGAUGCCUAUUAUACCAUAGUCAAACAGGAAGGAGUGGCAGCUUUGUGGACAGGGCUUGGGCCUAACAUCGCCCGAAAUGCAAUUAUAAAUGCUGCAGAAUUAGCUAGUUAUGAUCAUAUCAAAGAGAUAAUUUUAAAACUUCCAGGAUUUGCAGACAAUGUUCUAACGCAUGUAGUAGCUGGUUUAGGUGCAGGAUUCUUUGCUGUCUGUAUUGGUUCCCCCGUUGAUGUGGUUAAAUCUAGAAUGAUGGGGGAUUCGGGUUACAGAGGCACUAUAGAUUGCUUUUUUAAGACACUAAAGACCGAGGGAUUAGUUGCUUUCUACAAAGGUUUCCUUCCAAACUUUGGUCGGCUUGGGUCAUGGAACGUCAUCAUGUUUUUGACUCUCGAACAAGUAAAAAUUUUCUCCAGCUGACGAGUAAAUAUAUGUCGAACUAUAUUUGUUAUAAAUAGAAACGCGGUGAUUAGGCGAGCCUCCGUUCCUGGGGUUACCUCAAAGCAUGAAACUAAUUGAUGAUGAUAAAUAUAGUGAAUCUAUCUUCAUACUUGUCAAAUAUGAUAGCUUGGUAAGACAUAUGAAUACAACUACGAGCGUAGAAGUGUUUGUGUGCAUAGAAUACGAACGAUAUUAUUGUCGUAACAUUCGAAUGUUGGACCAUAUUAUACAAUUGAAAUAUUUUAUCAUUUGAAGAAAUACACUGCAGUACUUGCUAAUUGUUAUUACUCCUUCGGUCAUUCCAUACAAGCCAAAGAU